AUGGCUGUCAAUAAACACGUGGAUAUCGAUGAAGAAAUGUAUGGGCCCGCUCUACCACCCAAUGUGAGAACAAAAAGCUAUGAUAGAUUGAAGAUAAUUGGUCCAAAUUUGCCAAAUUAUUCAAAGAAGGCUACUACUCAAGAUGAGAAUGAUGAAGAGGCCAAUAGAUUUGGUCCUCCAUUGCCAGAACAUCUACGCAAAUCUGAAAAAGCAACUGAUGGCCCUGUUUUAUUAGAUGCUAUUGAAGCUAAGAGAGUUGGGGACGAUGAAGAAGAUGGGACUAUAGGUCCACUCCCUGCUGACCAUCCGACAUUAAAAUAUGAUUUAGUCCAAAAGCAACUAGAAUACAGAGCACAGCUCAUAAACAGAGAAUUGGCUGAAUUUGUAAGUAAGGCAGCAAGUCCAUGUCUUAUACAAUACCUAUAA